UUGAUAAUUUGUUGCAGAAUUUUAUUCAUGAUGAAGAUAUACGGCUUGAUACGAUCAAAGCUAGAUGGUUUUUGCAUUGUUACAGUUAGAAAUGUCAUCAAACGACAUGCUGAAUGGACGGAGCGACUUUCAAGGCAUUCAAAGAAGCCGAUGUAGAUCUAGACGGAAAGAUUUGUAGAUCUGAAUGGCAUCAAUUUGUAUCCAAAAAUCCCCAAUUGUUGAAAAUAAUGACUCUCCAAUAUCUCAGAGGACUAAAGCUAUCAAGGCCCGACUUGAGCAAAUGGACCGCGUUACUGCUGAAAAUCGCUGCCUUUCUUCUGAAUUGGGUACCCCAAUUGAUCGGUAAGGAACACUAAUCUCGAAACCAAUUGGGGUUUUAAUUGUUU